CAGGCAGGUGCGGAUGUGACUCCGGACUCUUUAUUUUACACCACAGUACCGCAGUACGUACCAUGUUUACGGCUGGUGAUUUUACACUAGGCCUGCUGCUUUUUGGUCCAUCUGGAAAUUUCUCGGGCUUCGGUGGUCCUGGGCGCUAGCUGAGCUUUUUAUCGGUGCUGCAUCGCUUCUCAGCCGAGCCCAAACCGGUCAGCACAGGCCAUAGCGAUGCGGACUUUAGCACAGCCUUGAUUUCUUUUCAGCCGCUAAACAUCUUUUCGCUUUACGAAUUUAAUUUCUUUAUAUGGACCUGACGGACAGCUAGUAGCCGCUUCUCCGAGCACAGAGAAAAUGCUGAAUUCGAGGCGGCUUUUGCGGCUUUCUAGCCGCUCCUUUCUGGCCUUCAUUUUUUUCUUCUCCAUGUCUACGACCUGUCUGUAUUUCAUAUAUGUGGCUCCUGGAAUCGCCAACACGUAUUUCUUCAUGGUGCAGGCUCAGGGUAUGAUGUUGCGCGAUAACGUGCGGACGAUUGGCCAGAUGAUCAGGUCGUACACCAAUAAGAACAGCACGUUCAAUGGUACAGAUUAUCCAGAUGGAAAUAACUCCAGUGAAUAUAUUGUUCAACCAACUACAUACCUCCCUGAAAAUUUCACCUAUGCUCAGAACCUGCCCUGUCCUGAGCGCUUACCUUCUAUGAAGGGUCUUAUAGAAGUCAAUAUGACUGAGGUUCCUAUGGAGGAGGCUGAGCGGCACCUUACACAGCUGGGUAUUCAGUUUGGGGGCCACUGGAAGCCUGAAGACUGCAAACCACGCUGGAAGGUGGCUAUUCUAAUCCCCUUUAGAAAACGUCACGAACAUAUCCCCAUCCUGUUUCUGCACCUCAUUCCUAUGCUCCAGCGGCAGCGCUUACAGUUUGCAUUUUAUGUAAUUGAACAGACAGGUACGCAGCCAUUCAACCGUGCCAUGCUUUUUAACGUGGGCUUUAAAGAAGCAAUGAGAGACCUGGACUGGGACUGUGUAGUGUUUCACGAUGUUGAUCACAUCCCCGAAAAUGACCGGAAUUACUACGGCUGUGGGCAGAUGCCUCGACACUUUGCCUCAAAGCUGGACAAGUAUAUGUACAUCCUGCCCUACAGCGAGUUCUUCGGGGGAGUUAGUGGACUUACCGUCGAGCAGUUCCGCAAGAUCAACGGAUUUCCCAAUGCUUUCUGGGGCUGGGGAGGGGAAGAUGAUGAUCUUUGGAACAGGGUGCACUUUGCCGGAUUUAAUGUCACCAGGCCUGAAGGGGAGAUGGGCAAAUACAAAUCAAUCCCACAUCACCACCGAGGAGAAGUGCAGUUUCUGGGAAGGUACAAGUUGCUAAGAUACUCCAAAGAGCGGCAGCACCUGGAUGGCCUGAACAAUCUUCAGUAUUCCCCUGAAAUCUCUUUAAGUAGUCUAUACAAGAACAUUACUGUCAACCUGAGCCCUGAACUGGCACCUAUAGAAGAGUAUUGACCCCCCCCCCCCCCCUUCCCCCCCUACCUGAACACGAACCGGCACCACGUACGCUGUCGAGUUUCCUUAAUAGCUAGAGACAGACAAUUGAAGGCCUGAAAUCUGAAACAAUCGACUGUGUGUGUGUGUGCGGAUGUUGCGUCAUACCUACGUUAUUGUUCAGUCAGUGAGUGAGUGAGCGAGCGAGCGAGUGAGUGAGUGAGAGCACGUGUGUCUUACUGCAUGUUUCUAUGUUUUUCGCGACUUAAGCUACUCAAAUAACACCACUCUAAACAAAAACAAGCGAGCAGUUCCAGUUCCUGUGUCAACAAAUCUGAUGUUUACUGCGAAGCCUUAACUAAUUUCCAUGGGCUGUUUAUAAGUGUUAGUUGAGUGUUAAGUAAUCCAUGCCAACAAUGUAGACAGCUCAGUUUUACAAGCGACCUAGAUGCCAAUAGACAUUUUUUGGCACGUUUUUGUAUCAUACAUUAAGAUUUCAAGGCAUUUUCUUUAGAGAGAAAGUGUGUGGCAGUC